GCUGUCUGCAUGCAAAUGAUCCUCUUUGCUGCUUCAUUUGAAUGUCUUGAUAGGAUUCCAGCGCCCCUCACCCUACCGUCCACUAACAGUUUCUUACCGCUGGAGCAACCGAGUGUGAACUAUGUUUUACGCGUUUUGCGGUCCCGUUUGAUAAGAAUAAUGAGGUUUACUUUGAAACGUCUACAUUUUGAAAAAAACAUUGUUCUUGACCGAGAAUGUUAUACCUGUGGACGCGAUAAAAAAAAUAAUAUUGUGUGCCUCAGCCCAGUGGUCUCACGUUCUCACUGCAUAUUUGUCUACAAAGAUGAUGGACUCAACAUUUUCGAUUUGGGGAGUGCAAACGGGACAUUCGUAAAUGGAUUGAAAAUUACUCCAAAAGUUUACGUUCGUCUAAACCUAAAUGACAUCGUUGGGGUUGGAUGUUUCAAACUCGAAGAUUUCGAGAAACCAGACUUCGCAUACGUUCUCCAAUCCUGUCCAGAUGACACCCCUCAAAAUAAUCCUGGUCCCAGUACAAAGCGGAAACUGGCGGCCGAUACCACUUCAAUUGUACCGCCAAAGGUAGUAAGAGUUGAGAGUCCAAUUGUCAUUAGCAUCGAGGACGACAGUUCUCCUGAGGCAGAAAAUUCUUCAAAUGAACAAGAUGGAAGAACAUCUCCAAGUGCUCUACCCACCGCUUCCAAAGACCCUGAGCCUACUACCAUUGCCGAGUUGAGGUCAACUCCGAAAACUGGCAAAAAGCCUCGAAGGCCCGAAAAGGACGAUUCUGAUGAACAAUUGAGGGAGCUCGUGAAGAAGAAGCAGCGAUCGAAAGAUACAUCAAUGAAUUUAACCAAAGCAGUAGAAAAUGAAGCAGAGGUGAUGGGUGAACAGCCCUUGGCCCAGCUUCCCGUGAUGACAGUGUCUCCAAUUCUGAUAAAAUACGAAUUGGACAUCGGAGAUGAUAACUCCCCGCCUGCUGCCUCUUCUACCGUUGUUCCCCCGGUGGAUGAACCUCUGACUCCAGCUGUAUCCAAGGACGAGCGCAGACUUAGCUAUUCACAGAUAGAUUGUGACGAGUAUAUUGAUGACGAUGAGGACAUUUUCUCCCAGAAAUCUGGUUCAAUCCACGAUACUUCAGUUGGGGGUAGUACCGAAGACUUAAAUCAGGAAAACAAAGACGAGCUUUCUCAGUCUUUUACAGAUUUAUUCCACAGUCAGGAGAAAGAACCUGACAUCAUCACAUUGUCGGACGACGAUGAUGAGGAGGAUGAUGAUAACAAUCCUUGGCUGAUGAGGUUGUAUCAGAGUCAGAUUCUCAAUGAAAGUCAAAUUAAGCAGGAGCAGCCUGCUGUACACCUCGAAGCUGCGCUUAAAGAUCUGAAUCGUUUGGACUUACUGGAUAAUACAGAAGAUGAGGGAGAGGAUAACAGUGACAUUAAUGCAGAAUUGGAGGAGAAAAUUCCCGAGCCUGAAAAAUUGAAAAAAGCCUCGCGAGAGGUUGUCUCAGUCGUUGAAGAAUCAAAGAAGAUUAGGGUAAAGUCCUCAGCAGUACCGUCGUCGAGUCAUUCGAAGUCAUUGACGAAAUUGAGAACUUCAACAGAAUCGAAAGACACUGUCGACUUAACUAAAAAAUGUAAAAAAGGGAAUGAUGAGAAGGAGCCUGAAGAAAGGGGAAGAAAGGAUAAGAAAUUUAGAAAAUCAAGAGUCAGUAUAUCUAGUCACAAUGAUUACUCUGAUGACUCUGAACGUAAGAAGGAUAAGGAGAAGGCAGAGAAACGAUCAGAAAAAAUACCAGAGAAAAGGGAUAGUGGAUUAUUUAAGAAGGUCUCAACAAAAACUUCUUACAAAGCUAUCUUAAAAUCUGACGAUGAAAGUGAAAAAAGUGCGCUGUCAUUGGAUGAGCCUUCGGUAUCCAGGCGAGAGAAAACUGAAUCAUCAAUUUCCAGACAACUUAUCACUGACAAAUCCCCAAUGAGAUCAAAGCUCAUUAAAAAAAUUCCGCAGAUCGAUCCACCAUUCCUCAAAAAAGGGCACAGACGAGGAGUCAGUUGUGAAGUUAAGAAGUUCGAUACAUCGAAUGAAAGCGAUGUUUCUUCAAGAUUAUUGAAUAAUGCUGAUGAUCCCGAUGGUGAUGCCAGAAAUUCCCGUCCACGCAUAUCCACAUUUGAGAAACUAACAGUCAAGGAGAAAAAGGAAUUGAUUAAUCAGGAGAAAAUCAAAGAUGUCCUCUACAAAAAUGAACAGAAACGACGAAGAUUGACACACAAAUGGGCCGAGUGUCUUCCUCCGGGAGACCGUCGGCGUGCAUCGCUCUCCAAAUCGAAGAGAGAGGAGAUAAAGCACGAACGUAAGGAGAAGCUGAAAAAAUUAGCAGAUGAGAAGAAGAAGCAAUCAUCGCGCGAUCUACCCGAGAAGAGAACUUCAAAGCCAAAAGCUAAAAUUUCCAACAAAACUCGUGGAGACUUUCUCAUCACGGAUCCAGAGAACGAAGCCAAUAAGGGCUCGACGUCGAACGAAUCCCCCAAGGCCCUCAAGAAGACUGAAAUCUCUAGCAAAAAGUCAAAAUCCAUCAGUCCUAAACAUCUGAAAAUCCCCAACACUCUUAAUGAUAAAACCGAAAAUGAAAUUGCUUCAAUGCCCAUUAAAAAAUCCCCGAGAAAAACGAAAUUAAUCUCCUCACUCCCCGAACCUACUUCAAAGAAAUUGACGGCAAAGGAGUUAAAACACAUCAAAGAAGCCAGUAUUAAACUUGUUGACAUCUGUGCUACCACGAAGAUAGCAACAAAAACAGAUAAACAAAAAGAGAAUCGUGCACCGAAUGGGCCCAAGAAAAAGAAGCAUGUUACAUUCAACACGAAUGAGCCUGAAGUUCGUGUCUUUGAGAUUGAUCCAGGAAAUACUCUCAGGAAGUGUGUCCAAAAAGAUGCCCUUCUUCCUCAGAGAUUUUCGAAGCCUGCCAAUCUACCUAGCGAUCCGGUAAUAAACAAUCCAAAGCUUGAGCAGUUCCUGCUGAGAUUGUUCAACUGGAAUCCAGCAUGGUUGAAGGAACAGAUGGUCAUUAAAGAGCCUCCCCCAGUGGUUGACUUCAACUCCUUGAAGCCCCUUCUGUCCGCCUACACUUCCUACGACGACUACUACAGGAUAACAGAACCAUUACUGGCUUUGGAACUGUGGAACGGAGUCUCCAAGGACUUUGAAAUGAAGGAGCACUAUUUGAAACACCCACCGAUCAUGGCGUGCAUUGUCCCCGGCACAAUCACCAGACAGUCCGUUCCCAAUACACAUCUCCUAAUCAGCACAUUUUUAUUGCAAGCAGUUGUCAACCGAGAACAGCUCAGUAAACAACUGUACCCAGUCAUGGGCGAUCUGGUAAUUUUCAGAGUUGGAUUCCAAAAGGGCCAAGAGAAGCAGUAUCACACGAUCUUCGCAUACGCUUCGCAGGUCGACCAGACAAUUAUCAGUCCCUUCACGAAGUACAAUAGUAAUUUAUUGAAUUAUGUGAAGAAUCCUUACACUCUGUUGACGUACUCCAUGAUGACGAAACCCUUGCCUGGUAAUGUGGGGGUUGAUGACGUCCAAAAGCUGAUGACAGUAACCUACCUUCGAUCAAGUAUGAGAAUGGUUCAAGCACUUCAGUACUUGCCCACCUCCCCACUUCUCAAACAAAUCCUCAAGCCAAAUGUUCUGGGGUAUCAGCUCCCCGCGGUGGGAAAUUUGGACUCCUAUACGCUGACAACUAAGGAUAAACUCAAUACCAAGCAGAUGGAGGCGGUAAUGAAAAUCACUGAGACUGUGGUGAAACGAAUUCCGAAAAUUUGUAUGAUUCAGGGCCCUCCUGGCACAGGAAAAACGAAGGUGAUUGUCAAUACUGUAAUGGAAAUUCUUUAUGGAAAGAAUAGGUAUCAGCAUCACAAACUCACAAGGAUCCUCAUUUGUGCCCCAUCCAAUGCAGCAAUUGAUGAAAUUGUUCUCAGGCUGAUGGACAUUAGAAUGAAUCUCCCUAAGGAUCAACGAUUUAAAAUGGUGAGGAUUGGGAAGCUGGAGACGAUGCACAAAGUAGUAACAUCAAUAUCCGUCUCUGAACUCGCCAAACGUGAUGUACAGAGAACGACAGCUGAGUACUGCAAUCGCCAGAAUCUAGAGAGCAUAGAGGAAGAGAAGAAUUUCCUGAGGGCCAGAAUAAACGCUAUCGAGUCUGAGCUAGAAUAUUCCAAGGAAAAAGAUGAAAAUUGCCGACAAUAUAUCCUGAGAAAAUUAGCUGGGGUGAAACUCAAGUAUCAAUUACUGACUAAUCCUCGCAGUGUUGAAAAUGGUAUAAAUUCUAAGCAGUUAACUAAGCUCCAGAGGUCAGCUGAGAAUACAAUUCUAUCUGGGGCAGAUGUUAUCACUUGCACUCUAUCUUCCUGCUAUACGAAUCAAAUGGAAUCAAUUUUCGGAGGGAACAAGCUCAAAAUAUCAGUCUGUAUUGUGGAUGAAGCGACCCAGAGUGCAGAGGCCGAGACAUUGAUUCCUCUGAUGCUGGGGGUGAAUACUCUGGUGCUCGUUGGUGAUCCCAAUCAACUGCCUGCCACUGUAAUAUCUCAAGAAGCCAAGAGGCUGGGGCUGGAUCAAUCGUUGUUUGCUCGGUUGUAUAAUGCAUUUGAUGGCUCACCUUCUAAUCCAGUUAUUCUCCUGGAUACUCAGUACAGAAUGUCCUAUCCAAUUUCGUACUGGCCAAAUCGUUAUUUUUAUGGUGGUGCUUUGAAAAACGCUGCUGUGUUAAAGCCAUGGCCGUUUCAUUUCUAUAAAGUUCUGAACUUAACUUCAACACAAAAUGAGGACAGAUUCUCAAAUACCAAUGAGGCUAUAUUUAUUACUAAUGUUAUCCAUACGAUUACGAUGUAUUCUAAACUUGAGGAGAUUAGUGGAGUAUUGAAGUUGGGCAUUAUCACUCCUUAUAAUAAUCAAAAGGUCAUUCUCACUGGUAAAGUCAGAGAUUUAAUGUCUGGGUUAGCGGAAAAUAUUCGACAGAAGAUUCAUAUUGAAGUUAACACUGUGGAUAGCUUUCAAGGACAGGAGAGGGACGUUAUCAUUAUGUCCUGUGUCAGAAGCUCUGGGAUUGGAUUUUUAUCGGAUCGCCAGAGGCUUUGUGUUGCCCUGACAAGAGCGAAACACAGUCUCUUCAUUUGUGGUAACUUUAAGACUUUCGAAAAAGAUGACAUGUGGAGGGCACUAUUAUCUGAUGCUCGAUCACGUGGAGUUUUGCUCGAUAUGAAUUAUGCGGCUGGGCCAAGUAUUAUCAAAAAUCACGUUUUAAAAUAAUUACAAUGAUUGUUCUCUUGUACAUAUGUGAAUAGUUUAAUUGCUAUUUUUUUUUACGUUUUUUGGAGUUACAUGCAGUUAUUGAGUUGAAAUGCACGAAUUAUCGGCACUGAUGAGAUCCUGCGAGUAGCCGAAACAUGGUUAUUAUUGAAAAAUACGAUAAUAAAAUUAUGAGGUGUUUUCGAAUGAAUAA